AUGGCUCAGUUGUGGUAUGGGUCGAAUGGGAAUGCAGCAAUAAAUAAACCUAACACGGCUUCUUCCGUCUAUGGAAACGACUACGGUCUAUGGUCACCACACUAUGCUACAGAUGGAAUUAUUCCUGGAGGAGGACAUUAUACUUUUCAUUCAACGUUUGAAUCAUAUCCAUGGAUCAGGACUGAUUUACAAGAAAUAUCAACAAUAUUAUUUCUACGUGUGUAUACUAGAAGAGAUGUUGGCUUUAGAUUCCAUGACAUUGCUGUGGAAGUGACAAACAGUAGCAACUACGAACAGCGCGGAUUUUACAAAGGACCAGCGAUGACCAGUGAGGUAGUGGAGAUCCUUUGUGAAUACCCGACUAUCGCUCGUUAUGUUCGACUGAGAAUCACCAAAGGAUCUGGAAAUAGUCUUAAUAUUCCAGAGCUGGAAAUAUACACAAAAUAGUAUUUCUGUUUCUAUAUUGUAGAGUUAUGUUUCAAUUGCAUGUCUAAAGGCUAAAUAAAA